AUGUCAGUUUCUUCAAAUUGGCUAAAGAUUAAAGAUAAAAUUUUGCAAGAGGGUACGUCAAAUAAGAAUAAACGAAAACGUAAAGAGCUAAGAUACAAUCAUAUUAAACACUUAAAGUCAAGUUCUCAGUCAACUAUAUCGAAUGAUGAUGUGUCAACCAUCAGUAAAUUAUACCUCGAUAAUAUUAAACAAGAUCUCGAUGUUUCUUUAAAAAAUAAAAAAUUAAACCAUCAAUCCAAAAUCGGAAAAUACAUAUCGAUCGAUUGCGAAAUGGUUGGUGUUGGUCCUGAAGGUGAAAGAUCAGUACUUGCUCGUGUAACUAUAGUAAAUUAUCAUGGUGUUGUAAUCUUGGAUAAAUAUGUACGUCCUACAGAAUAUGUCACUGAUUUCAGGACCGAUGUUAGUGGAAUCACUCCAAAGUUACUUUUUAAAUCAUAUGAUUUCAAGGAUGUUCAAUUAGAAGUGGCAAAUAUCAUAAAAGAUCGCAUAGUUAUUGGUCAUGCUCUUCACCAUGAUUUUAAGACAUUAAUGUUAGAUCAUCCUCGUAAAAUGAUACGUGAUACUUCGAUUUAUGAACCUUUUCGCAAAAUUUCUCGGGGAAAAACUCCUUCAUUGAAACGGUUGGCACAAGAGGAGUUGGGUAUGAUUAUUCAGGAAGGAAAACAUUCUUCGGUUGAAGAUGCGCAA